CGGAGGGCUGAGGGCGGCGGUGUCGGUGUCGCUGCGUGUCGGUGUCGGCGGUGCUUUGUGUGCGGAGCGAGCGAGGAGCGCGGCAAGAUGUCGGGUCGCGGGAAGCAGGGCGGCAAGGCGCGGGCCAAGGCCAAGUCGCGCUCGUCGCGGGCCGGGCUGCAGUUCCCCGUGGGCCGCGUGCACCGGCUGCUGCGCAAGGGCAACUACGCGGAGCGCGUGGGCGCGGGCGCGCCGGUGUACCUGGCGGCCGUGCUGGAGUACCUGACGGCCGAGAUCCUGGAGCUGGCGGGCAACGCGGCCCGCGACAACAAGAAGACGCGCAUCAUCCCCCGCCACCUGCAGCUCGCCAUCCGCAACGACGAGGAGCUCAACAAGCUGCUGGGCAAGGUGACGAUCGCGCAGGGCGGCGUGCUGCCCAACAUCCAGGCCGUGCUGCUGCCCAAGAAGACGGAGAGUCACAAAGCCAAGAGCAAGUAAAGCGGUCGGCGGAAGCGUGCGGAGCCCAGAAGCGAACCCAAAGGCUCUUUUCAGAGCCACCCACAGUCUCGAGAAAGAGCUUGAAAUGCUGCGGCCUCGGUGGCUCGGCAAAGGGAAGGGAAGGGCGGCUGUUUGUCUCUGUGUGUGUGUGUAUGUUGUGUGUUCCCUGUAUUUGCCCUGGCCGGUUGUGUCGGGCUGCGUGUUCAUUGCUGGUACGGGAUGGGUGGGAUCGCUCAGUUUCCGGCGCGCAGGGAGCCGCUGUCCCGGGCCGAUGGGGGAGGAGGGAGCGCGGGAUGUGCCGGAGCCAAUCGCGUCCCGCGCGCGCUUUUGGAAAUGGCGCGGGCGCCAAAGCCGCCCUGGCCACGGCCCGGGGCUCCCGCGGGCGGCAGCGGGAAGAGGCUCCUCCAGAGGCUCCCUACCGUGGGCGCUGUAGCUGGUUCUCCUGCUGCCUUUGGGUUACGGGCCAGGGGGAAUAAGGAAAACAAUGCUGCGGCGCCUUGUUGUGCAGAACUUCGGCUUAGAGCGGUUUGCUCAAAUUUUU